AGACGACGUGCGUGAAUCUUCCUGCGAGUCUCUUUCCCUCGGUCUCUGAUUCACCGCAUCACUUCGUCGAUGCCUACGGACAUUGGAUCAGUUUAGUCUUGUUCUCCACACCACGCGGAUUGCUUUAUCAGAGACCGACUUCGCGAAUCGGUUGAUCGUGUGUUCUAUAGCUCGUGUGUUCGCCAAUAUCAAUCUCGUCAUGGAGAUACGCAACAAUGUGCUGGUGGUGGUGCUGUCCCAAUUGUUCAUCUGCUCGCUGACGCGCGGUGUCCCGUUGGACCUGCAAGAAGGUAGCGCGUGCACAUUGGAGAACGGUGGUCCAGGUGUGUGCCAGAAGCUAGAAAAUUGCCCGGAAAGGUUGAAGGAAGUGGAAGAAGGCAAAAGAGAUUGGGAUGCAGCGGGAAGAUGCGGAUUCGUAGGCUUCAUGGAGGUCGUUUGCUGUCCAGGAACGACCACCAUCAUUGACAAGCUGUCUCCGAGGCCCUCCGAAGUUGCUUGCAAUUCAUUAGAUAACAGUUUGGUGUACCAUAUAAUUGAUGGUACCGAGGCGAAACCUGGCGAGUUCCCAUACGUGGUUACCCUAGGAUAUGAAAACAAAAACGCUGAGGAGGAUGGACAACAAAUUAUAUAUGACUGUGGCGGUAGCUUGAUAUCCUCUGAACAUGUGUUAACCGCAGCACAUUGUGUGCACAAUAUCGAUAAAAAGGUUCCGAUAGAGAUAAGAUUAGGCAACGAAGAUCUGACCAGCAACGAUGAGAGUGUACAACGCAUCCCAAUCAGCGACAUAAUGUACCAUCCGGAAUAUAGGAUCAGCAUAAACUAUUACGACGUGGCGAUUUUGAAGCUGAAGAGGAAAGUGAAAAUGUCGAGCAAUGUGAAGCCUAUCUGUCUCCAAACUAAAUCUUUGAAUACUGUAACCAUGUCCUCAAAAACGUCUUUAGUUGCGAUUGGCUGGGGUGCAACAAGUACUGGAGGGGAUAAAUCUAACAAACUGAUGAGGACGCCUAGUCUCAGUCUCGUUGGGAGAGAAGAAUGCGCCAAGCAUUACGCAGGAAUGCGUCAAUUACCUCGGGGUUUCGACGACACCAUGAUUUGCGCAAUCGACAGAAACGUAAGCAGAAGAUCGGACGCCUGUCAAGGGGACAGCGGAGGACCACUGUUAAUGAUAUCCGACAACGGUGACAGUGUCAUCGGGAUCACGGCGUUCGGCCAAGCCUGUGGCACCGCCACACCUGGCGUUUACAUGUCGGUUCUUUCAUUUUUAGACUGGAUCGAGGAGCAAGUGUGGUCGCCACCGAAGGCGAGCAAUAAAUUUACUUUUUCCUUCAGUUUGAAAUUAAAGAAUGCCGAACCGGAACAGCCAGACGUAAAAGUUAACGUGAAUGCGGAUCAUUAGUAUUCUGCAAUAUGUUUGCUACCUGCAUAUGCAAACUGCUACCUUUUUUUUACUACUUUCUUUUCUACUAUUACGAACUGCAGUCCCUGAUUGUCCAGUUGUCGACAUUCGUUAUCGACAAAAUAAAAUAAAAAUAUUAUUACAAGUAUUUUAUAAAACGAA